AUGGACAGUGACGACGGCGAUGCAUUCGGAUCCAAUGGAUUCCAAAUGAUGGGAAUGAUGAACGCUCUCAAGACUGGUGAUAUGCACACUGAUAUGAUCAUUGCCAUGUGCGUUCCUUUCGUUCUCAGAAUCCUUUUCAGUUGGAUUGGAAAAUUGGAAGAGAUUCCCAAUUGGGAAAUCUGGGUCAAAUGGUGGCAAGCGGAUGGAAUCAAGCACGAACGUUUCAUUUCGCACAGCACUACUCGAAAUAGCUGGGGCGGUACCUAUGACACGGACGAAGACACCAAGAAUUCCGUCCUACUCAAGGCUAUCAAAAUGUAUCUGGAUCAGGUUGUCAAGCUGAAGCUAUCUGCUGCUCACUUGGACUUGACUCAGCUGAAGGAAACUUCCGGGUACUAUUAUGAUGAUUCCGAUGGUGACGACGAAGAUGGGGAAUACCAGGGCUCUCGCAAGACACUUGUUGGUAUGCUGAGCCGAUACAAGAUUAUCAAUCGAAUUCCUGAUAAUGAGUGGCACAGCCUUGGAUUCUUUGGUGAUCCUGCAAGUAAAGUCCUGCUACGCAUCGAGAAGCAAACAAGGAACGAAGGCGACUCUGAAGAAAAGAAUAAGACCAAGUUUGAAAUUAAUGAGACUGUCUUCCACUUUACUGCCGAUGAGGAAGGUUCCAUCGAUGCCUUCAUCAACGGGGCCUACAAGUGGUACAUUGGCGAGCUUCGCAAGAUGGAAGACAACUCUCGUUAUCUUUAUGAAAUGAAGGUACAGGAUCGAAAGACCGGCAUGUCUGAUGAUGAUGGUGGCGGCGACUCCACAAACGGUACAAACUACAAACGGUACAAGCUUUCUGAUGAAAAGUCGUUUGACAGCCUCUUCUUUAAGGAAAAGAAGAAUCUUCUUGGCUUGAUUGAUCACUUCACCAACAAGACUGGCAAGUAUGCAAUCAAGGGAUACCCUCACAAGCUUGGUGUUCUCCUUCACGGUCCUCCAGGCACUGGCAAGACAAGCUUGAUCAAGGCAUUGGCCCAAUACACUGGUCGAUCAAUUGUCAAUGUCCCCCUUACCAAGGUUUCCACCAACAGUGAGCUCAUGUCCAUCUUCUUCGAUCGAAAUUACCAUGUCGAAGGAGCUUCUGUUCCAGUCAAGAUGACCUUUAAGGAUGUCAUUUUCGUCAUGGAAGAUGUCGACGCUGCGUCGAAGAUUGUCAAGCGACGCGAUGGGCGCAAGACCAGCAAUAUGCUAGAUGACGGCCAACAAAUCCCAUUGCCGACUCCCAAGUCUCUCUGGCGCAUGUUCUUGGAAAGCACUUCCGACGACUGCAAGGCUCUCGUGAAGGAACUCACUUCCAAGUCGGACCGUCUCAAGGAAGACGAAGAAUCACAACGGUCCGAUGUCCUUCGCUCCAUGAAUCAACGCCUUGCUGGCCUUCCAGCUCUUGGGUUGGUCGGAGAAGGAGUAGCAGUACAAGACGAAUCCUCGCCGGCUACACAACUCUGCGACAAUGCCUUGGAAUCCGCUAGCAAAUUGCAAAGCCGAUACUCAAAGCUCAACGACAUCCUUUCGGCCCAUGCCAAAUCCAUCAAGAGCCUUUUGGAGUCGGGCACCAAUGUCGACGAUGAUUUCAUCAAUGAUCUUCUGGGAGAAGUUGGGUCUUUAACGGUGCCAACUUCGGAUAGUUCCACAUGCUCUUCUUCUGCUGCUUCUGACGAGUCACCAAUUCCAGCCCAAGCUGCUGAGGAAGCCUUUCCCUCCAUUUUGGACUUGGAUGGUCUAUCCGACAAAAAAGGAUCCAAGUCUUCUGGCUUUGGUCCAUCCUUGUUCAAACCUAAUCCAGAUGCUUUGUCUUUGUCCGGAUUGCUGAAUGUUUUGGAUGGAGUCGUCGAUACUCCUGGUCGCAUUGUCAUUAUGACUACCAAUCACCCAGAGAUGUUGGAUCCUGCUCUGAUCCGUCCAGGGCGUGUGGACAAGAAACUAUUAUUGGGUCGCAUGCGAGCGGCAGAUGUCAUCUGCAUGUUGGAACAUUACUUCCAGACCCAACUGGACAAUAGCCAAGUGAUGCUUGUGGAAGCGGCAAUCAAUGGUGAAUCAUCAUCUGGUGUACCUAUGCUGAAGCUGACACCCGCGCAGGUGGAACAAAUGGCAGCCGAGCACGACGAGUUGGACAGCAUGAUUGCGGCAAUUGAAAAGAUGAAUCCAGCGUUGGUAAAGAAAUCGCGAGAACCCUUCUCUGCGGUUUCCAAGACCUCUUUUGAUAAAACUCGGUCUCGUUGA